UUGUAAGUUGUAAGUUGUAAGAUAAGGGCCGGGGUGAAUUUAAACAGGACAGGAGAUGAACAGUUCAUGAGUCCAUUCUGGGGAGUGACGACAUGAAUUUAAAGCGGUGGUUAAAUUAAUGAUUGGAGGGAAAUUAAAUUUAAGGGGGUAGAGAGAGAGAUUUGAAGUUGAAGAUGAGGUUUGGAUUGCCUGUGCUGUUUUGGCCCUUCACUCAGAUAUCUGUGGAUAACCCUUCUCUCUUUUCCUAUAAAAACCUCACAAAUAUCUUCUCCUCUUUGGCGCCUAUGAAGCAUUUAUAUGUUCUCUUCUCCUUUCUUUCACAUUUCCCUUUGUUUGCUAUACAUAACAUAUGUACCUUUAUUUAUUCUAUUCAUUUUUUGUCCAAUUCUAGUUUUCUGAGAUAAGAGAGAAUAUUUUCCGUUCAUAUUAUGUACUCUUACAGCCACGGUCAGUUUCUCCCUUGUUUUCAUUGCCACCCCCAUGCCUAUAUCCGGAUGGUCCAACAUCUUAUAGAGAGAUGCUUGCUACUUCAUAUGAGCCCGGAUGAGUGCGCAAAGGCAUUGGCUCACCAUGCAAAUAUUCGCCCUCUCAUAACACUUACAGUGUGGAGAGAGCUCCAAAAAGAAAACACUGAAUUCUUCCGCUCAUAUUUCCAUGCUAUUUCUCCCAAACCAUUACUGGCCAAAUUCACAAGGAGUAUGCCCAGAAUGAUGAGGAGAAGACAAUAUCACUGGAGGUGACUCAGAAUUUGUAAUAGUUCCGCGGAUUAAUUUAUUUGUUUCUAAAUAAUCAAACGGUUCUUUUUCCCUUCUUUUUUGAAAAA